AUGAGGAUUAUUGUCAUAUUGGCUUUGAAUGGUUUGUCUGUAGAGUAUAACACAUUCAAGUGUGUCAUUCGUGGUAGAGAUAAUGUAAUUUCUCUUAAAGAAUUUCAUGCUCAGUUGCUUGCGGAGGAAGCUAUCAUUGAGAGUAGUCAAGGUCUGUCAUUUUCUACUGCAAUGUUUGCAAAGAACCAAGAUUCCAAUUCAUGUGCUUCGUCUUCUGGAUCUCAGGGAGGUUUCCAUUCUGGGUUUCAGACUCCAAAUGGUUUUCAUGGUAAUUAUGGUCAGCCUUCCUUUUUUAAUGGAGAUUCUGGUGCAAGCAAUCACAUGACCAAUGAUCUCAACAAUUUGCCUCUGGCAUCUCCAUAUCCACACAAUGAGACUGUUCAAACUGUAAAUGGUGAAGAUUUGACUAACAAGUUUGACAUUAAGGAUCUUGGUUCCUUACACUUUUUCUUGGGCAUUCAAAUUUCUCACACUGAUCAGGGUUUAUUCUUAUCCCAAGAAAAGUACGUUGCUAAUUUGUUGAAGAAGACUAAAAUGAUGGAUGCCAAACCUGCAGCGACACCAUGUUUGCCUUAUAGUAGACUUCUUAAGGAUAAUGGUCAACCUUUCAAUAACCCUGCUCUUUAUAGAAGUGUUGUUGGCACUCUGCAAUACCUUAUUUUUACUCGACCUGAUAUUGCAUUCUCUGUGCAUCAGGUUAGUCAGUUUAUGCAAGUUCCAAUGGUAUCUCAUUUCACUACAGUUAAAUGUAUUUUGAGGUAUCUUAAAAGGUCUUUGUCACAAGAGAUUACUUAUAGCAAACAAGAGUUGUUCCUCAAAGCUUUUAGUGAUACUGACUGGGUUGGGGAUCCCAAUGAUCGGCAGUUUACCACAGGCUUAGUUGUCUUUCUCAGGAAUAAUCCAAUUUCUUGGUCCUCCAAGAAGCAGCAAACAACAUUUUGUUCAUCCACCGAAGUUAAGUAUAAAGCAUUGUCUUCAACAGCUGUAGAAUUGGAUUGGAUUCAGUAG